AUGCCGUGCUCGAAAUGCACGUUCGAGAUCUACCCUGGCCUGGACGUGGCUUCAAUGUGUGGAGUUGUUAACCCGACCCAGUCCACUCCCCCUCCUGAUACCGGCACGGCCAGUCCUGAUCGUGCGGCGCGAUUUUACCUUCCGGAUGUCGACCAUGAGGUGUUCAAGCAUUUCCGCCUCAUAAAGGUGGACGAGGGGAAAUUGCAGCAGUACGAGUGCAGGUACUGCUGCAAUGUUUUUUCUGGUGCCGCCAUCCGCUGCGCGCAGCACUUGGCGAGUUGGAGGAAGAUGAAGCGCUGCGAAGUGGCGCUAUGUAAGGAAGCCCCCACUUCAGCGCGGGCUGCCAUGCGGAAGAAGUACGAGGCUAAGGCUGCAGCGGCGGCUCAGCGCCGUCAGGCGACAUCGGAUGCCAUCGCGUCGGUCACCAGCAGCGGCAAGAAGAGCCGCAUUACUGACUACUUGGAGACGGAUGCGGCAGCUGGGAAGCGCGAUGCACAUGAUGCGUUGGCGCUCAUGUUCGCGGGGUGUCGCAUCCCGGAGCGCGUCGUGGAGCACCCUCUCUUCAUCAACGCCGUUUGUGCCAUUAGGGACACCGGCACAGGAUACGUCCCACCAAAGAGGGGGUUCAUCGGCGGGGCGGGCUUGCAAAUGUGCUGCGACAACAUCGACAGGGGGCUUUCUGGAGUGAAGGCGAGCUGGAAGCGGACCGGCGCGACAGUUGCUUCUUAA